AUGACGGACGUUCUCUAUAGGGCUACCAAGUACAUGAACGCAGAAGAUGCGCUGCUAGCCCGCGAGGAAAGGCCUAAGAAGAGGGAAAGACAGGAGGACACGAGACAAGAUAGGGGCCGAAAGGUCAUUAAAACCAGGGAUCAACGUGAUGAAAAGCGCUCCAGACCCCCCGCAGAAAGAUUCACUAAUUUCACCCCGUUAGCCGCCCCGAUCAAUCAAGUAUUGAUGCAAAUCAAAGAUGAAGGAGCAUUGACCUUCCCUGGAAAAUUAAAGGGAGACCCCAACAAAAGACCGAGAGACAAGUAUUGUCGCUUUCACCGGGACCACGGGCACGACACAGCUAACUGUUAUGACCUGAAGCAGCAGAUUGAAGCCCUAAUCAGGAAGGGGAAACUACAGAGGUUUGUCAGCAGGGAAAAAACUGAUACGUCGGAGGAACAGGCCCCACGACGGGAGAACGAGUGCCCUAGACCACCCAUAGGAGACAUACGAAUGAUCGUAGGGGGCACAGCUGCAGCCGGAUCUUCCAAGAAAGCCCGCAAAUGCAACCGGAUGGUCCAUAGCGUCCAACUCAUAGGAUUCGUACCAAAGGUGUCGCGAAUAGAUAACCCCGUCUUAAAAUUUUCAGAGGAUGACGCUCGGAGACUUCACCAUCCUCAUGACGACGCGCUAGUAGUCAGCCUGCAGAUUGGGGAUUAUAACAUGCACCGGGUCCUCGUCGACAACGGCAGCUCAGCAGACAUCCUGUACUAUCCAGCAUUCCAGCAGAUGAGGAUUGACAGGGAACGAUUAUCCCCAACAAACGCCCCACUCGUAGGAUUUGGGGGCACAAAGGUGUUCCCUUUGGGCGUAAUAACGCUAGUUGUGACGGCGGGUGACUAUCCUCAGUAG